AUGGACCGUCCUGGCACCGAGAUCACGCGCACGAAUACAGCGGCCUCAGCGAGGUCCUUUCUCUCCAGGCCAUCGUUCGGGUUGAGUAGAAAAGGCAGUGUAGAUGCCAACGAGCGAGAACCCAAAGGCCCGUUAGGGCUCACGACGCUUCACGUCCCCGUCUCUGAGCAAACAACGCCUGUCGCCGACCUGGUUUUUGUUCACGGCCUAAACGGUGGUUCCCACAGCACCUGGAGCAGGGGCAGCAUCCCCGAAUGCUUCUGGCCUCGUCAAUGGCUUCCCGAGGACGAGGCCUUUAAGGAUGUCCGUAUCCAUACCUUCGGUUAUCCGUCGGGGGUAACCAGGGAAUCAAUCAUCAACGUCUCCGACAUUGCUCGGUCUUUGCUAGCUGCCGUUAAAGACUCACCGAUCAUGAACAAGGGAAAACCACCACCAUUGAUUUUUAUCGCCCAUAGCAUGGGGGGUCUCGUUGUCAAAAAGGCCUACAUCAUAGGGCAUCGCGAGAUAGAGUUUAAGCCGGUUGCCGACCGCGUCAGCUCAAUCUUUUUUCUAGCGACCCCCCACCAAGGAGCAGCCAUCGCGCAAACCCUCUCUCGCUUAACCGCCAUGAUUGGAGCCCGUCCCUUCGUUGAAGACUUAUUCCCUCAGUCACCCCUCACUCAAAGUCUGGGCGAGGAUUUCCCGCGAGUCAGCAGCGAUCUGCAACUGUUUUCUUUUUUUGAAACACGGCCGAUGACGGUUGGGGUCAACAGGACACUCAUCGUUGAUAAAGCCAGCGCUGUGAUGAACCUCCCCAAUGAAAGGAGAACAUUCCUCGACGCGGAUCACCGCAAUGUGGCCAUGUUUUCAACACCAGACGACCCCUCCUACGUCUCGGUCCGAAAUGCCUUAGCCACGGUCAUUUCGUUUCGAAGAGAAACAACCCGGCUCCAAACACAUGUUGCGGCCCAGGAAGACCAGGAAGCACUCGAUCAGUUUAUGGGUAUCUCUGAUGGGCCUGAGGAUGACAUUUUGAUUCAGGAAUCCAUCAAGCUCCCGGGAUCUUGCGAAUGGAUUGCAACCAAGUCAUUCUAUCAGUCUUGGAAAGCGUCCAUGAAUUCUUCCUUCCUGUGGCUCCGCGGUCGCCCGGGGGCUGGCAAGAGCGUCCUAUGCAGUCACAUCAUCAGCGACCUGCGUAACCAGGACCUCGACUGCAGUUUCUUUUUCUUCCAGGCCCGGGAUCAUGUCAAGUCGACCGCAAACGGCUUCUUACGGUCGAUAGCAUGGCAAAUGGCGACACUUCACCCAGGCAUUAGAGAGAAGUUGGCUGCUAUCAAGUCAGACUGGAGGGAUAAUCCCAUCGACAAGAUUGAUGCCAACUCUGUGUGGAGGAAGAUAUUUCUCUCCGGCAUUCUCAGAGUUAAGCUUAGCAGGCCCCAAUACUGGGUCAUCGACGCGAUGGACGAAUGCAAAGCCGCAGCAGAUAUCCUCAGCUUCCUCUCUCGCAUUCAGGAACAUUGGCCUCUAUCAAUUCUCAUCACAUCCAGAGACACAAUGGAUGCACAUCAGAAGGGGCCGAAUCCAAACAUCGACAUCCGAAGCCAUACGAUUUCAGAGCAAGAUAGCUUGCAAGACAUCUCCAUUCUUCUCAAAGCAAAUAUGGCAUCCUUGCCGUGUCCGGCAUCAGCCCAAUGGCCCACCCGAGAAGAAAUAGCUGCGCAAAUUCUCAAGAGAUCCGCCGGCUGUUUCUUAUGGGCAUCCAUUAUUUGCUCUGAACUCCGCCUAGUGACGAGCGAGAGAGAGAUUACCAAGGUCAUGGAAAGUACGCCAUUAAACAUGGAUGCCGUUUACCACGAUAUUCUGGCGAAGAUGGAAUCCGCACGGUUUGGCAAGGCAGCCGCAAAGGCCUUUAUCGCAUGGACGACUUACGCCUUCCGGCCGCUCAGCGUAUCUGAGAUACAAACUCCUGUCGAGAUGGACAUUAACGACAAGAUCGACGACGUCCAACGUACAAUCUCAAGGUGUUGUGGGAGCCUUGUGUUUGUCGACAAUAACAACAAAGUUCAACUUGUGCAUUUGACGGCACGCGAGUUCUUCACUCGGAAAGGGGCGGAGUCCGAAUUCAUUCUCACAAAAGCCGAAGGGCAUCGUCGCCUAGCCGCUGUGUGCCUCAAAUUUCUUCUCCAGAAUUCUCAGAAGAGCGUCAGCCGGCCAGGGAGAAGGCUCACCUCGGAACCAGACAUAACACGAGUUCGCCGAGGCCGCUCCCCGUCACCUCUGCCACCCGCUCGCGAGGCUGACCCCUUUACGCACUAUGCAUCCCAGUUUCUCUUUCAGCAUCUGAAGUUUGUCCACUCAAAUGACGAAGAGCUACUUGUCAUGCUUUCGGAUUUCCUAGGGAGCAACAACCUCCUCCGUUGGAUUGAAUUCACUGCCACCAACGGAGACCUGCGCACCAUCUAUCAAGCUGGCAAGACGAUCAACUCAAUCCUGAAUCGUAGGGCACAACACUCGCCACCGGUGGGCCUUGCUCGAAAACAGGGCAAAUACGCUCUCUUGGAGAAAUGGGGAGAUGACUUGAUCCAUCUGGUGACCAACUUCUCCGGGUGGCUCAGGCGAUCACCCAAAGCAAUCCACCAUUUGAUACCCCCUUUUUGUCCUCCUGAUUCAGCCAUACGCCGGCAGUUUACCAACCCUGUACGAGGUCUCAAUGUCCAAGGUUUAUCUUCUCGGGGCUGGAAUGACUGUCUGACCACCAUCACGUACCCUGACGGGAUGAAAUUAAAUGCAUUGGCUGCCGGGCCGGGCUACUUUGCAGUGGGUAUGUUGAACAUGACAGGUCAAGUGCUGGUUUACGACGAUACCAUCUUCCAGGAAGUCUACAUUCUCCACCAUCGUGAACCAGUGUGGGGACUUGUCUUUGCGGAGAGCGGGAAAUAUGUGGCAUCUGCGGGCGCGAGAACCGUCCGUAUCUGGUGCUUAGCUGACGGGUCGGAACGGUCCUCCUUCAAGAUCACUUCCUUGUGCUUGAGCUUGGCGUUUGUGGAGGAGGAUGCGAUCUUGCGGGUUGCCACCAAACAGAAUCGGUUGAUUGACUGGGACGUUGAAGCUAACGCCUUUGUCCACGAUGACCCGGUAACUUGGACCGCCGAUCUCCCGGACACGAUGCAGUUCAGGACGCCGAUGCUGGCAGAGCUUGGCAUGGCCAGUCACCUGUUAGCGGUGCUGUACAGGGGUGAGAACAUUGUGUUCUGGGAUUGCAUAGACAAUCGAGUCUACGAUACGUACGAGAAAGAGACGGGGUCCAUCCAGGUCUUUGGCAGUCGAAAACUCGCCGAAGGUUCCACGACCGUCCGAGCCGCCGCCUUCGGACACUCUCUCGACGUCAACCUCUUCGCAGCCACUUACACGGACGGGGAUUUAGUCGUUUACGACAUUGAUAGAGGCGAGGUUGUCGCUGUCGUCGAAGGAGCAAACACCAUGGUAUUGGCGACUUCCCAAGACGGCCGAACUCUUGCCGGCGCUGACUCCGUGGGAAAUUUCACGUUGUUUGAGUUCGAAACCCUCCGUGCGUUGUAUCGUGUUCGGUUCGACACCCAGAUUCUUCCUACCGCCCUUUGCUUUACUUCAGACAGCCUACGGUUCAUCGAAAUCCGUGCCGGCCAAUGCCGGGUCUGGGAGCCUACCGUUCUCCUUCGCACCGAUAUGCAAGAUGACGACCACAGCGACACAGUCUCCGUAUCUACGGGGCCUCAGGAGGUCGACCAUCAAAUCCUAACAAACGCAGUCCCAGAAAUUUGCUCCAUCGCUUGUUGCCCUGAAUCCAGCGUGGUUUUCUGCGGAAUGGAAGACGGAUCCGUCCUCGCCCAUGACACAUCCGGGCCGGAGCCUGAACAGAGGCUUCUGUUUGUACAAGACUCGCAAUGCGGCAUUCAUUUACUCCAUUUUGACAGCCAAGGGUCAACCUUAUCGUGCGGCGACCGCUCGGGACGAUUCACCGUGAGAAAGCUCUUACGACCCGACACCCCACGCCAUAGAAGGACAUGGGAGGUUGCACCGCCGAUGAUCGACGGCCGGACGCCGGGUCAGAGCUCCGGCGUUUUAAGGCAAAUUCUAUCCUCUUCAAGGCAUCAAAGACUGCUUGUGAGCACAGAGAAACGAGACAAGCUAUGGCCCAUGCCGAAACAGGGUGAAGGGCUCUGGAUUUGCCAGCUCGACUGUGAGGGUAACAACAACGGUUCUCGCUGGCUGACACGGCCGGGGGUCAAAUCCGACCUGCUUCUUCUUAUUGGCGACACGGGGGUUGAGUUGAAACUCUAUGACUGGGCAACCUUGGAUCUCGUCCGAGUUGUCUCUUUAUCAGCUGGCCAAAGCCCGGCGCUUGACCGAUUCGCAGCCUUGACUCACCAACAGUUCUUUGCCACAUACACAAAGAAGCCGCCAAAGGGGCAAAGUUCUGCUCCAAUGUCCAGUAGUGCAAGGCAGAAUGGCCUAGCGCUACUCUGGGACUUCCAGAGCCUUGAGAACGGAACUGAACCUCUUUUGCCCCAGUACAAUCUGGGUGUCCUACCCACUAAAGUCGAGCAUAUACUCGGUGUAUCCGGCUCCCGCCUUGUCCUUUACAUGGCGGAUCACUGGAUUGCCUCAGUUGAAAUCCAGUUACCCGGUGCAUUGAGCGGUAUUGUUGUCGACGGUUCUUUCGUUCGUCACUUCUUUCUACCCAACGACUGGAUUGGGUCCAUGGUAAUUAACAACAUGAUCUUUGGCAGUGGUCGAGGGGGUGAGAUAUUUCUUGCCCUACGGUCCGAGCUGGCGAUAAUCAAGCGGGGGCUCGAGGUUACGGAAGACAGUGGGACAUUCAAUUCAAGACGACUAAACACUGGCUUCUGGGGAGCUUCUGGAGGAAGGGUACCCUUUCGGCACCGCGCCGCUUCAUCACAGUCUUGA